UCCCUUGUAUAAAUUUUGUCAUUCUCGUCCUUGUUCUCUUUAUCGCCUUCUCUUCUUUUUCGUCUCGAUUGCGCUCUCGAUACUGUUCGUGCCCUGGAUUCCCGUUUAUCAUAUAAUGCCCAAAGAUUCAAGAGAAAAUGAGUGUGGACCGGAUUAUUUUGGUUAUUGGAAACAUCUGUUCCUCGAUUUGCUUUCUCCAAAUGGUAGCGCUCUUUUACCUUUAAAGGAAUCAGACACUGAGCCAGCAGCAGGAACUUGUUCUGUUGGUGGAAAUGGUUCUGUUUCUUAUUUUAGUGAAGCUUUAAGUAAAGGGCUUUCUGAGCUUAAGAAGGAGAAGCUGAACUUGAUUCUGAAGCAGAGUAUAAGCUGUCUUAAUAAUGAAGCUGAUGAGAUGCUUGAUAAUAUCUAUGCAGCAUUUCAACUUGAGGCAGAUUUGAGGGGAAAAGAGCUACUAGGUUGUUAUGCAAGUGCUUCACAAGAAGAUUUGAGUUUACAUUCUGGACAUAGAAAGCGAAAGGCACCAUCAUCACCUAUGUCCAGCUAUCCUGACAAUCAUACUUUACAAACUGCUAAGCAGGUCUAUGAUGCUAUUAAAUCUCUUCAAGGAAGUGGUGAAAUUGGUCAUGAAGCAGUGGAAAAGUACCUGAAUGAAAUGCUCUUGAAGUUAGGCAAGAUGGAAGUUGACCUCGAGGACUUCUUAAAUGUUUUGGUAUCAAAGUGCAGGCCAAUGACCACUGCUGAGAAGCGACGUCUCGGCCGGCUCGUCCAAAAGCUCCCAAGCAAAGCUGUUGAUCGGCUGGCAGAAAUCAUCAAAAAUAGGAACCCGGCAACCAAUCAAAACUCUGACACAAUUCAAGUUGAUUUUGAAGAACUGGAUGAUGUGACGCUGUGGAGGCUACACUUCUAUGUUGAAAAUGUGGCAAAAGCUAACUGUCUACACACGUAGACGUAUUGGCUGUGUUACAAGUUCGUUCAUACAAAAAGGAGCAGAACAGCAAACAAUAUGGUUCAAACAAUUUUGGUCAAUCCUUAUUAUGAUGAAGAAAAGGGGACAAAUGAGAAAAUACUUAUACUUUGAUAGGCCACUUCUCUUCACUUUAUGGAAUGAACAUACUGUGAUUGUCGAUUUGUUUGUUUUUAGAAUACGAGUCUGUAUUUGAUAGCAAUCUCAUUUGGUCAAUCUCAUUGUGAUGAGGGGGAUGGAACAAAUUCACAAAAGUUUAUACUAUGAUGAUUGACAACUUCUUGUUC